GCUACCUCACAUGCUUGGUUAACCAGUUUUGGUAAAUAUUUGGUGAGUGCUGUAAGAUUCAAGUAUAAGAUAAUUUAUAUAAACCUCUGGUAUAUAUAUCUGUUGCAAUUUCUAUAAACUAACUUGAAUUAUAAAUGAAAAGUAGUAUAGGCAAAAAUGUAUGAAAGUGGAAAACGUCUCAACACCCCCAGACCACCAGUAAGGAGAGUGGAGGGGCACGGACCACGCCGGUGAGCUUUUGUGGGAGGAAGCAUUACUUGUACUUUCCAUCCGUGUGUGUAUCUGUGGGUGCGGAAACCUUGCACUGCAAGUGAUUUAAAUGAAUGCAAAAUUAGUUGGUGGUCUUUAAAACGGCUCAAGGCACAGGCUUCACAUCACAUCAGCCUCUACUGCAGAGAACACCAUGACGAGCAUCCCCAUCUUGCUUUUAUUGGUAACCAUGAUGGUGCCGACAGCCUUGGCACAAGGUGGCAUCUCAAAUUGCUGCCUGAAAAUCACAGGCACAAAAGUUCAUCGAGACUCGCUGAAGAGCUACUAUGUGGAGGAUCCAUCAUCAUGCACUCGAAAUGCAGUGGUAUUCACAACAAUCAUGGGGAGAAGAAUCUGUGCCAGCCAGACCAAUGUGUGGACAAAGACCAGCAUGGCGUAUCUGGAUGGAAAGAACUGGCAGCGAAGACAUACAACCUUAAAACAGCAGCGCCAAUGACAGGAACACAGAUAACAUCGAUCCCUCUAUUGAAACACAAGGGAUCCAUCUAUAAUCUAUCAUCUUAAGUUGUUUGAGUUUAACUAAAUUUAAACUUUAGAAUGUACCUCAGCUUUGUAAAAUUAAAAGAAUGUAUUGUAUUUGACUUUUGUUUGAGAUUAUUUAAUCUUUUUCUAACUAAUGUAAAUAUGUAAAUACAUUUUAUUGUGACUUCACACUCUAGCUUGUCAUAGUAUCAAGAAUAUAACUUCUUGAUUUUAAUAUUCAAAUCUGAUUAAAACUGUUGCCUUCUCGUUCUUGGCACCCACUGUU